AUGUUUAUAUAUUAUAGCGUGCCGUCUGAGCACAUGAAAUGGCAAGUGGCCGGCGGCGUGGGCAUGCCACUUGCUGCGACUGUAUUCUGCAUGCUACCUCUCUUCACAUCAUCUACAGGAGAUAUUCAUUCUUUAGAAGAAAAACCAGCAAUAGACUGCAGAUGUAAUUUGAUGAUGUUCAUUUUAUCAUAAUUCAGAAUAGCAAGUUAUUAUAUUUAAAAAAACAAUUAGCUUUCUACACUUCUUCACCGUAUAAACUUUAACUUUACUAGAUUUCUAACUCCCGCGUCUUCGCAAUUUUUAUUAAAAGGUCCCAAUGUUUUUGAUCCAUGUAUAAAUAGAUAUUAAUUCCCAUUUACGUACCAAUAGGUCACCACGGUACGUCUCGAGCGAGAGGUUGGCGAGGAGCAAGUAUCUUGGAUUAGGAAAAGGGAUUGGCACAUACUAAGUUCUGGAAAGUUCACGUACACAAACGACGAGAGAUUUCAGGUCUUACAUGGCGAAGGCUCGGAAGACUGGACGCUGCAAAUUAAGUUCGUGCAGAAACGAGACAACGGCACUUACGAAUGUCAGACUAAACUGUUUGUAUUAGUGCCUAGAGAAUUUAAUCCAGAUCGAGCCAAUGUCGCAAAUCGAGUAUUAUUCGCCAUAUUUCGUGCUCCUUUGAAACGAGGUUCCAUAGGCAUGUGCCUAGAUUACCUAUAG